UCUUGGAUAUAAUUCCCCAAGUCUGUCAGAUUUAUGGAAGCAGAGCAGCAUAACAGCAUCAUAACCUUUCAUUUAUGUUCUGAGCACGAAGCUUUUUGACGGGCUCUGUCUCUGUUAGAAUGUUUCAACGAUAUGGUCUUGGAGGUUGUACCUGUAGACCUUGUCUUGUCGAUCUUCCAUGGACUGAUUCAAGUUUAAAUCUGAGAGCAGCAAAAUCAAAAUGAACCAGCAUGAUUUAAAGACGUCCAUUUGUGGCUGGCAAUUGUGACGGACUACACGGGCACCAGUCCGACAUGUUUGGUGCAUUAGACUAGCUUUCAUGAAUUCCAGUCCCAUGUCAAGCAAAACGUCGACAAUCUCAGCUCUCGUCUCCGCUGCCAUGGCGAUGACGAGAGGACUAUUUUUGAGACGGGCUUCAAUUCGUCUUCUGGUGUCGAUGUUCUUGCUCUGUUCCGUAGAGCUGAUGCAUAUUCAGAUGGCAAAUGCAGCACUGUCUCCCGCAGAAGAGAGUGCGCUCGAGAAUUGGAGGCAGAGGUUCAAUCUGACCAAGUGGACGGUUGAUCCUUGCGUCGACUCAGCUACAGCGGCCUGGGUAACAUGUUCUACUGACGGGCAAACUUCGACCGUAAUUUCUAUAGACUUGAAACAGAGAAAUUUGACCGGACCGAUUCCGGACACGACGGCGUUUACGAAUCUGUCUCGAUUAGUGCUGAGCGAGAACAAUCUGACUGGAGGUCUACCGCCAUCAAUAUUCAACCAGAGUACACUUCAACUACUAUACUUGGAGAGCAAUCAGUUCGGAGGUUCUAUACCAGAUAUGAGUGCGCUGACGAGCGUGACAGAACUGGCAUUGGACAGCACUCAGAUCAGUGGGACUAUUCCGGAAUCGAUCAGUCGCAUGACAGCAGCGACUCACAUACGACUCCAGAAUAAUCCCAACCUGACGGGAGCCAUUCCAGAUUUGAGUGCGUUAAGCAACCUUUUAUAUCUAGAUGCAGGAUUCUGCGCAUUGAAUGGCUCUCUGCCGGAUUUGAGAAAUGCAAAAGAUCUGAUCUCAGUGAAACUGGCGCAAAACGACCUCAGUGGAACCAUACCCCCGGCUUUGUUCCAGCAUGAGAAAGUCAAGUACAUGGAGCUUAACGACAACUCUAGGCUGUCUGGAAACGUUCCAGAUGUGACAGGGCUUUUGGAAGUCGAAAGCUUCCAGUUGAAGAAUUGUAAUCUGAGUGGAGCGGUGCCCCAUUUCACCACAAAUGUGAAGCUCAAAUACCUAGGUUUGGAGAAUAAUCAGUUUACCACAAUUCCGACCGACUUCACAAACUUGACUGAUCUGCAAGCGAUGAGUGUUCAGAACAAUUCGAUAACUGGAGUCUUACCGGAUCUUCCUCCAAGUUAUAUUCAAACGGAUGCCGAAAAUCAGCUCAAAUGGAUAACCUUCAGCAACAACCGCUUUUCUGGAGGAAUUCCGAAGUCUUGGAAUGAACUUAAGUAUUUGGAAGCAGUGAACGCUGAUCACAAUAACCUCAGUGGAGUAAUACCAAAGGAAAUGGGAAAUCUGACGAAUUUAAAGCAUUUAACACUGAGCUAUAAUCAAUUUUCAGGAUCGAUCCCAGAAGAGCUCGGUUUUCUUCUGAAGCUGGAGACUUUGAGUCUCGAGAAUAACCAACUCAAUGGUACUGUACCCGAGUCGCUUGCUUCACUUCCGAACCUUCAAGAUCUGGCUCUAACGAACAACAGAUUCACGGCGAUACCAGAAGUGCUUCGACAGAAACCAGGCUUAAAUCUUACAUACGACAACAAUGUGCAAAUAAUAGACGGAAAGAGUUCGUCUAGUUCAGGUCUGUCUGCUGGAGCAAUAGCCGGAGUUGUCAUCGGGGCGGCGGUUGCAAUUGCUGCAGUCCUGGCCAUCGUGCUCUAUAUGACCAGAAAGAGAAGGAAGAGUAACAAAGACCAACUAUCAAAAGAUGAUAUGCCCAAAUCAGCACACGCGUUUACAUUGAAGGAAAUUAAAGCUAUCACGGGGAACAAUAAAACCUUAAUUGGAAGAGGAGGCUUUGGACCUGUGUACUAUGGUAAAUUGGCGGAUGGCAAGGAGGUGGCAGUGAAAGUCAGGGCCACAGAUUCGAAACAGGGGUAUAGUGAGUUUCUAAACGAGGUUCGACUCCUAUCAAGGUUACAUCACCGCAACCUGGUACCUCUGGUUGGUUAUUGUGUGGAAGCGCAGCAGCAAAUUCUCGUUUACGUCUACAUGUCCGAAGGUUCUUUGUAUGAACAUCUUUAUCACUCAGGUUCUGGUGCCAAGAGGUAUCAAUCUCCAGAGCGUCAACCCUUGAGCUGGAUCAAGCGACUCGACAUUUUAAUUGAUGCUGCCAGAGGCAUCGAGUACUUGCACAAAGACUGCAACCCGCCUCUCAUUCAUCGGGAUGUGAAAGCCUCCAACAUUCUGCUGAAUGACAAACUAGAAGCCAAGGUCGGAGAUUUGGGACUUUCCAAACAAAUCCCCGAAGCGGAUCCAGCGGAUGGCGCGCCACCGACCGGAGUCUCAACAGCAGUCAAGGGCACGUUCGGUUAUCUGGACCCGGAGUACUUUGUCCGUCGCAAGUUGACCACGAAAAGCGACGUCUUCAGCUUCGGAAUGGUGAUUUUGGAAAUUAUCACGUGCAAGAGGCCUCAGAACCAAGACUUCUCAGGCGCCGACGAUUUCACCUUGGCCGAAUGGGUACAAAACGCAGUGAGCGAAGAUCAAUUGGAGUCCGUGGUGGAUAGCACACUGAAGGGCGAGUACAAUGACGAGGGCAUGCUGAUGGUUGCCCACGUGGCCUUGAAGUGCGUCCUGCCCGACAGCGCCGACCGGCCGGAGAUGGGCGCCAUCGUGACGGCUCUGAACGAAGCCUUGCUCCUGGAGGGACACGCGGACAUCCCGAACCCCGACAGCGAGACCGCCGGAAGCGUUCCAUUCUCCGGCCAGCUAGUGCCUCCAAUCAUUCUGCCCUCCCCGCCGCCGUCCUUCGUCUCCACCGGCCAAUUCUCUCACCCGUCCUGGAACACGGAUCCCCGAUAGGGACGGCGAGAGACAGAGAUUGCGCGUACCUCCCUCCCUCGUGCCAGGAGAUUGGUACACUGGGAACGAGUCGUCUUCUAGUGAUUGAUUGAGAGGAGACGACAUGACGACUGUAAUGUUCCCUAGGCAUGGUCACGUAGCCGGCUAACUUUCGGCUAGCCGGCUAGGGCCUCAAAUUUAGCCGGCUAGCCGUCGGCUAAUCGGCGAUCGGCCGAAAAUGCAAUAGACCGAAAUAAUCUUCUAUUGGAUAAUUUCGGCCGAAUCGGACGAAAAAAUCGUCUGAAAACGUAAAUUCGGCCCGAGUUUUCGGUCUCGGAAAGCGGUGGCAAUAUUUAUCUGUGACCCGAUUAGCCGACGGCUAAUCGACUAGCCGGCUAACAAAAACAAUAGCCAGCUAGCCGUUAGCCGAGCCGUGACCAUACCUAAUGUUCCCAGAUCUUGAGUGCACGUACUAGAUACGAAUUCGGUUUAGACAUAUACGUGUACAGUAUCCACCGAGUGUGAGUUCGCGAAGAGCUUUGCUUUCGUCCUCGAACUCGAACUUCGACCGAUAGAAGUAGAGAUCGAUAGUGUGAUCAUAAGCUGUCGUAUGUAUGAUAUAGAUUGUACAUAUUUCGAAGGUAAUCGUGUAAAUUUGCGGGAUAAGACGGACGUGCCUUAAGUUGUUUGAGUCCAUCAUUGUUGUUGUUAUUUGUCAUCCUUUACCCUCGAUGACCUCGAUGAUGUUUCAGUCCUCACUCGGACUUGUAUUUUCGUGGACACCGGACCCAGGAACCAAAUCACAACCUUGUCGCCCGCAGAGUGCACACUGCCACAGCGAAGGAACGUUCGUUCCGCUUUUCAACAACACUUUCUCCGUUCUUGCCCGCCAGGUUUUGCUGGUGAUUGGAAAUGUCAACUGAAUGCACAUCCGAUUCGAGACAGAACUCUUCAAUCGGAUGCGCAUUAGGAAUGGGUGAUUUGUUCUCAAGCACGAGAACAUACAAGUUUUGUGGAUCGCCAAUAAAUUUCCAAAUAGAAACACUUACAAGUUGAGAUAUUCAGCAGGUGGAACUGAACGCUCGAG